UUGUGAGGGGCAUCACCUGCACCUAAUUACUGAGUACUAAACCAACCAUGCAUAUCCUCAUGAUUUCAACAGGCAUCGGCAUCGGACAGUUUGUUGCCUGCACAAUUACGAUCAUCUACUACCAGACAAUCUUAGCCUGGUCAAUCUACUACCUGGUUAUGUCAUGUGCUUCUGUACUUCCCUGGACAACAUGUGACAAUACGUGGAACACAGAGUCAUGUCUAGAGGAAGCUCGGGGAAAUAUCACCUACAACAACACGCAUCUGCAUGAUGGGGCAUCUCGGCAGUUGUUGAACACAAGCACCAAGCAACUUUUUAACAGAAGUGGCAGUCAACUGUUUCAUGCAAAUAUCAGUACUAACACUGAAGGAGAUUCACAGUUUACUUUUGCCCAUACGGAUGUUGAAGAGUUUUGGCAGUACAAAGUUCUUGGACUUUCAGGAAGUGUUCACCAAACCGGCCAGGUCCAGUGGCAUCUAGCGCUGUCACUUUUUGCUUCGUGGGUUAUCAUAUUUCUUUCCCUGAUAAGAGGUGUCAAAAGUGUUGGAAAGGUGGCCUAUGUGACUGUGUUCCUCCCCUACCUGCUGCUGAUCGUCCUGCUGAUCAGGACUCUGCUGCUUCCUGGAGCUGUGGACGGUGUUGUCUUCUAUCUGAAAGCAGAUCUCACCAGACUCCUAGAUCUGCAGGUGUGGUUGGAGGCACUGGUGCAAGUGUUCUACUCACUAUCACCGGGCUGGGGAACCAUUAUUGCAAUGGCUAGUUACAACGAGUUUCACCACAAUACCUUACGGAACUCUGUUGUGCUGACCUUCUGUGGUGAGGGUACAAGUCUGUUCUCGGGUCUGGUGAUCUUCACGGUUCUCGGGUUCAUGGCCAGAACUGCUGGAGUUGGAGUUUCAGAACUAGCAUCUUCAGGUCCUGGUCUGGCGUUCGUGGCGUACCCUGGAGGGCUGUCUCAACUACCCCUGCCUCAGCUUUGGUCCUUCCUGUUCUUCUUAAUGAUGCUGACAGUUGGACUGGAUUCUCAAUUUACCUGGGCGGAAUGUCUGAUAACCAACGUGAUUGACCAGUUCCCAGCAGUGCUAAGGAAGCGGCGAAUCCUGGUCACAGCCGUGUUCUGUACAGUCUACUUUCUUCUGGGUCUGCUCUUCACAACAAAUGUAAUGAAGUCUAUAAAUGUAUCUUUCAUCAGUUUGCUCUGUUCUGUGGGGUGUACAUGUUGAUCGUAAACAUGACUCUAAACGAAUGAUGCCAUGCUAAUACGUGCACCUGUUACUUAUAAGGUCCAUAGCUGUCGUUAUUUUAUGGUCGC